AAUACACUAAUAAAGUCUCGCUUGACCACAUAAACAAAACAUGUCUCUCAUAUGCGCAAUCAGCAGUGAAGUGCCAGACCAGCCAGUGGUGUCACCACUGUCAGGUGCUGUCUUUGAACGACGCUUACUUGAAAAAUACAUCGCAGAGAAUGGCACUGAUCCUAUUACCAACAAAGAACUUACAGUAGACCAAUUAAUUGAACUAAAAGUUCCACCAGUGGCUAAGCCAAAGCCUCCAAGUGCUACAAGUAUUCCAGCUAUCUUAAAGGCACUCCAAGAUGAGUGGGAUGCUGUGAUGCUUCAUUCCUUCACCCUCCGCCAACAGCUUCAGACAGCUCGCCAGGAACUAAGCCACGCUCUGUAUCAGCAUGAUGCAGCCACACGUGUAAUUGCACGUCUUAACAAGGAAGUAACUGCUGCUCGUGAGGCUCUGGCAACACUCAAACCACAAGCUGGCAUUGCACCAGCUGCCCCAGCUGGACCUACCAUUGCUGCCACAGCAGAAGCUGGUGGAGCUGCGGAUGUGCCAAGCGAAGGUGCAGGCUUGACCGAGGAGGUGGUGGCCCGCUUGCAGGAUACUGCUACUGUCCUGACACAGGAACGUAAGCGACGUGGUCGUACAGUCCCUGAGGGACUCACUCCAGCAGAGCAGAUACGAGGUUUCACCACCCUAGCUUCUCACCCUGGCUUACACAGUGCAUCAGUACCUGGUAUCUUGGCUGUGGAUGUGCAUCAGAAAGACACCAGCAAAAUAGUCACUGGUGGCAGUGAUAAAAAUGCUACUGUCUUCAAUAAGGACACUGAACAGGUUGUUGCUAUCCUGAAAGGGCACACCAAGAAGGUAUCAUGUGUGGUGUACCACCCUACUGAAGACACCAUUAUUACUGCUUCACCAGAUACUCAGAUCCGUGUAUGGAAUGUAGCCACUUCCCAGACGUUGCAACUCAUCCGUGCUCAUGAUGGUCCAGUCACUGGAUUGUCCCUGCAUGCUACAGGAGACUACCUUCUGUCAGCCUCCCGUGAUCACAACUGGGCAUUCUCAGACAUAAGGACCGGUCGUGUAUUGUGCAAGGUGAGUGAUGCUUCAGCCAGCUCACCUCUGACUGCUGCCCAGUUCCACCCUGAUGGUCUGAUUCUUGGAACAGGAACUCAAGAUGCCACAAUCAAAAUUUGGGAUCUAAAGGAACGUUCAAAUGUUGCAAAUUUCCCGGGUCAUAGUGGAGCAAUUAGUUCCAUUGCCUUCAGUGAAAAUGGGUAUUACCUUGCAACAGCUGCAGAAGACUCAACUGUGAGGCUCUGGGAUUUGCGUAAGCUCAAAAACUUUAAAACAAUCCAGUUAGAUGAGGGUUAUGAAGUCAUGGACCUUUGUUUUGACCAAUCAGGCACAUACUUGGCUGUUGCAGGAACAGAUGUCAGAGUGUAUCUAUGUAAACAAUGGAAUGACCUUAGGAUAUUUAAUGACCACACAGCCAUGGCCACUGGAGUUCGGUUUGGGUCAAAUGCAUCCUACUUAGCAUCUACAUCAAUGGAUCGAACCCUCAAAAUCUAUGGACCUUAAAAAAUUCAUGUAUGCACUUUAGGAAUUGUAUCAAUAUAAAAUAAUUAAGAAUGGUGACAAUAUCCAUUUCUUAUAUUUUUAUGCAAUGUCUGUAAGAGUUUUAGGAAGAUGAUAGCAGUGUGUGUGUGUGUGUGUAUCUUUGUGUUUAUAAAUAAUUAUAAAUAAGUGCUCAACGUCAUAUUUGUGAAAAUUUGAGGACAUUACACUCAUUGUUAAGAAAGACUCGAGCCAUAACACAGCAUUGUUUAUCAAGUCCUGUAAUUAUAUGUAAGUGCAACUAUGAUUUAAAUUAUACACAACUUCAGUUUGAAAUGUAUUAACUAUUACAAACAGAUUUAGUUUUAAUAAGACAUUCGAUAUAUUCAUUGUAUUGAAUGUUAGUAGCAUUAUUCUAUAUAAACAGGUGUAUUUCUUCUAAAUUCAUGGUGUUCUUAAAACUUAAAUUGCCCAUGGGGCUGUUAUCCAGAUUGAAAAAUUUAUUAUUUGUUACCCUUGUUUAGAGAAGAUAAAUGUUUUUUCGAACAUCACAGUCUAGAAAAGUGUAAUAAUUAUAAUACUGUACUGUAGUAAUUACAGUACUUUAAUUAAUUAAAAGAAAACCUAAUAAUUAUUCUUUUUUCAUGAUUAUCAGUCAUUUACCCUAAUUGCUUUUAGUCCUCACAGAGGUGAAACAAAUACCAUUAAACAAUAGGAAUGUUCCUAUAAUUUCACAACACAAAAGUAUGGUAUAUAAAAGUUGCCUCUGCAACACAUCAUAAGGUGUAAAUACUGUAGAUCAUUAUUAUCAUUUUUAUUCAAAAGGCAUAGCAGAUAAGUACAGUAGUUGGGAAAUAUAUUUAAUAAGGGGAAAACAACAAAGUGAUGAACAAUGGAAUUUUGUGUAGGAUUUGUUGAGUAUAUUGUAUCCAAAAAUUCUACUGCCAGAGAAAGUGAUUAUAACUUUGAAGAAACACUUUUAUAAGCAUCUGAAGUCAAAGGGUCUGUUGCUGUAGGCUAUUGUGUCGUGUUAUGAAGGAAUUAUACAUGUACGGCACAUUAUGGUAAGUGUCUGGUGUUUACCUCAAAUUAUAAAUUUGAGGUAAUCUUCUUUUUUAAGUUAAAGAUGGAAUCAACAUUUUUUGAGACAAUUGUUAUAUUGCUCCAAUGACAAAAAAUGUAUCCAGGAGCAAGAGCCAAUAAAUCAACAAAAAUCUAAGCAUGGCUGGAUAUCAUUUAAUUUAGAGAAACUUCUUUGAAUUUAUAACUGGUAAAAAAAAAAAUCCUAUUUUGCUGGCAAUAUUUUUUCAUUUUUACCUCAAAUAAACUGAAAUUGAUCAAAAUUUAAUGUUGGAAAAAUAAAAAUUGUCAUUUUGAUUAAAAUCAUUAGCAUUAAGAAAACAAAUUUAGCUUAAUUUAAUUUUCAUAAGACUGAAAUAACCAUUAGGUGGUCUAUUGUUAUAUUAUUCUUUGGUGAGAAACCUUGACUAGAUAUGAGAACAUUACUAUGAUUUUUAGUGAAACUGGUAUAUACUGUAUUGUACAUUGUGCCUUUGUGUCCCCUGAUUAAUAAUUAUAUAGAAACUGUCUGUCCCAAAAUUUGUUAACGUCUAAAACUCCUGUGACUUUUAACUCAUGAUGUUUGAUAGCAACUGGAGUUGUACUGUAUUUCAUUAAAUUUUAAUUGAACCUGU